CUUUUAUGUUUUUUUCUUUUUCUUUUCUUGCUUUCUUUUCUUGGACAGUCAAACCCUUCUGUUUUUAGUGCGGGGUUCUCUUUUUUCUCUCUCUCUCUCUCUUUUAUUUAUACUUGUCCUUCCAUUCUCUUUUUUUUUGCAUCUUGAAUUGCCAUGGAAGACGAUGCUAUCGACUAUUAUUUUGACGAUAUUGAAACUUUCCAUGCAGAACUUAAAGAUAUCCUUCACCAACCAUAUCACAACUGCCAGGAUGCUGAACGGUUAAUAAGCCGAUAUAUCCGCUUUAUUAUGCGCUUUCAACAUGAAUUCGUGCAGACAACAUCCGAUCUAGCCCUGGUGGCUUAUGCGUUACUCGACUCUUCACUUUACCUUGAAUACAGUACGAACCUCCUGACCCACAUCCUGUGCCAUCAUGCGCUAAGUUCGAGCAAUCCUGAUGAGUUGGUGGUGGUAUACUCGAUUUUACUGCUGGCGGGGAAAGAAGAUGCUCGAUGGAUGGAAUACAUAGUCUCCGAAGCCAAACAUAACAAGCAAAACCGGUUAUUUCGAAAAUUGUUACAUGAAAUUCAUGAUUCUUUGGGAGGCGAGAAGCUGAUGGGCAUCAUGACGAACCUUGGGUUUGAAAUGUGUAAAGUUUCCAAAUUACGCAAAAAUGAUCUAGCGUUGAUCACUGUGAACUACCUUGAUUACUUGUUUAAUCUCGUGGAAAACACUCGUGGCGACAAUGAGGAAACUCUCAACUAUAACGUAAUCCAGCUUUUGCUAGUCUUUAAUGAGCAAUUUAUGAUGACACCCAACAGCGACAAUCUCGUGCUCACGGAACUUACUCAUCGUAUCGGCACGACCAACACAUUCAGUGCAAAUUUGAUAUUCAUGCUCAAUCGCUCAGAUGACGCCUGUGUACAACUGUUGAUUCUCAAGUUGCUUUAUGGAGUAUUCACCCUACCUGCGUUACACGAAUAUUUUUAUACCAAUGACCUUUACGUGCUGGUCGAUAUCGCUCUGCGAGAAUUGUGUAAUUUAGGGGAUGAACGUGAAUCAGAAGCUCUCCGAGACGCCUAUUUACGAGUUUUGCGGCCGAUGCUCAUCAACACACAAUUGCGACUCAACCCAUACAAACAAAAUGAAAUAUACCGUACACUGUGUUCAUUGAUUACCCCGUGUAUGCACAAGUCCAUUGAUGCCACAACCAAAAAGUUGGUUCAGCGAAUUUUGGAGGAGUGGUGGGAAGAUGUGUGUAAGCAACCCAUUGCACCGGUAUUGGGAGUACAUGUCAAGCAAGCCGUGAUUGGAAGUGGGCAAGGCCAACAUGCUGUCAUGAAAGCUUCCGCUUCGUCACGUUCCUCCUCUACCUCUUCUUUUUCGUCUUCACCUUCGCCCCUGUCAGCCUCCCCUUCGUUCCUCUCAGCCUCAAUCUCCGCCAUUCCAAAUACACCACCCGAUUCACUUUCGCCUUACCCCACGUCCGACGACGGCAAAUCACCCGUGCUUCCUUUGAGCCAAUCUCCCAAACCCUAUAUUCAUCCUACCCACUAAAAAGAUCUUCCCUUGCUAUUCUAUUUCAUUCUAUUUAUUUGUUCCUUAGCCUACUCUGAUCUUCAAUCUUUUAAUUGUACACAGCUUUAUGUUUGUUGUAAUUGCUCUCCUAUUUAAUUGUUUCAUCAUUUCUGCAUUCAAUACGUUUGCUUUCUUUCAAUUGACGGUAUCGUAUAGUACCGAAUUCAACGACCGGUUUCAUCAGAAGACAGAGAAGCAAUCUGUUAUUUGAUGCUAUUUAAUGCUAUUUAACUCACGGAAACUUGGUGGUAAAAAAAGGAUCUACUGGAAUAGAAUGAUGAUAAUUUAAAGCA